UUUUUAAUAGUAGUUUUGUCAAACAUUUUCUGGGUUUUCACUAACAGCUAGGAACCGGUGAUAAAUUAUUCCAGGGCUUACACAAUCAACAAAAUGGUGUUCUUUUUCUUCUUCUUCUUCUUCCCGUAGUGGGUCUAAGAAAUCUUCUUUUUUGAAAGGAUUAAAGCCAGCAAAGGAGGGCACGGCAGUUGAUAAAGAAUCAAAGAAAGAGAGAACGUCAUGGUCGAAAGGAAUUCUAACAAACAUAAAGCAAACGAUCCUUGGAAGUUCUCAAUUUCAGGAACCCAUUGUGAUUUGUGAGGGAAACAUCAGAUUCCGACAUUGACAUGACAGCUUCUGAAAUUUACUAUGACACAUAGUCCACAUGACACUAAAUUUCUUGAGUCGCAAAAUGUGCUUCAGUUGCCGGAAGGCACAAUGACUUAUCCUGGUGGCACCUGUUCGACAACCAAUGCAGUUGGGAAAAAUGCUUUUGAGGGAGCAGUUAUAAUCGCAACUUCUGAGGUUAGAAAAAUGCAUAACAAUUCUGAUGAUGCUGGACUUAAUGGCAUUCAAAGUAUAGCUCAGUCUUGAGAAGCUGUAAUGGUUUCUCAUGGCAAUGAAAGCAAUAAAUGAAGAAGUUUAGCCUCUGAUGCAAUGGUGGAAGACUCUUCUGUGAAGAUUGAUCAAUCAGGAAAGCUUUCAGAUAAUUUUGAUGAAAAGCUGAAAAGUGAGGUCAAGCAAUUUGAAGAGGCAAUGCCAGAUGUACUUGUUGAGUGUGACAAGGAACAGAGUCAAUGUGCUAAGGAUUUAUAUGACUUGACACUAGAGCUGACUAAUGAAAAACAUAAAACAUUGUCUGAUGGUAUAAAUGACUCAUCCUCAUUUGAAAAUAUGAACCAUCUACUUGGGAAGAGAACUGCAACUUUUGUUCAAAGGCCAAAUGUAAGCACUAAUUCAGGCGAAAAGCGUACGGCUUCUGGUUCUUUAAGUGCCAAGAUGAAUGUCUUGAAUAAUCUAAUGUCAGGAGAAAUGGCUGGUAAGUUGCAUGAUACUCUAGCACAAACUGAAUUUUCAACAGGGAAGGAACUAGAGAAAGAACUAGAAAUCCAGGGCUUAAUUGAAAGGAUCAAGGGGGUAUUUGGAGACCAGUCAACUAUUAAGGCAAGGGAAAGUACUAUCUCGUAUGUAACAGAUCAACUCAGCAAUGAAGAGUUCCUUAAAAAUGUCCAGAACCAGGCUAACUUGCAGAAGUUUGAUGUUGAAAGAAGAAAGACAUCUUUGAAACAACAUCAUAUGAGCAGUGAAACUAAAAUAUCACUUGACAAGAAAGAAGAGUCACGUAUUCCUACAGAGUCCAUAAGUGAGAGGGGAGGUAGCAGUUUAAAUUUAUCCAACUCUGAUCAUGUAAAAUCAGGACCAAACUAUCCCGUGCCUCCUUCAAUUAGCAGAGAAGAGCUUAAUAGCAGUUCACCUAGGUAUUUCACCAAAGAAGGAUCUAAGGAAAACAAAGUAAUGGUCAGAUUUUUAACCCAAAAUAUUAGGAAGCACAGUAUCCUUACAGCUUUCUGUGAUUGCUGGCCAAUUGUGAAUGUAGAGGCAGUUUCUUUUACUAAACAGAGCAUGUUCAAAGAUUUUAUGGUGCAUUUUGAGACAAGGGAAGGUUACCAAAAUGCUCUUAAGAAAACUGAACUAAUGGUUCUGAAUGCAGAAGCCUUUGUGGAGGCAUCUUCUUCAGAAGACAUGGAUGGUACAAUUUUCAUUCCUGAUGCUCCAGUUGCACUAGUGAAGAAUCCUACCAAAACAGUUAAAGUCAAACAACUGUCUGAGGAUAUAAGCUCACAACAGCUAAAGGAAGCUCUUGCUUUCUGUCAACCUGGUAUCUCCAGCUUUUACUUGGGUUCCACAAGUUCUGUUUUAUACGUGGAGUUUGAGACAGAAGAUGCCAAAGAGGGCACUUGCAGAACAUUCCAUACUUGUCUCAGGAAAGGAGCUGCCAAUCCUCAGGAUUGAUGCACCAAGGACAACAGUAAUAAGGAUGUCAAACGUUAAGCUUAAAAGCAAAGUCUGGAAAAUAUGCAAUUCUUUUGGACAAGUCAAGUAUAUGGCAGAAAGAGCUAAGGGCAACAUCAAUGUGCAUUUCGACCUUGCUGAAUGGCCUAACAUGCUGAAUAUUGUUAAUAGUUUGAAUGGAAUGGUAGUGACUGAAAACCGGUGGCUUGUCCAGCCAGCUCCUAUCUUUCUCCCUGCAAUUCUCCGGGCCCUUUCGAGUUAACCAGAAGAAAGGAGACAUGGGAAUUCCGUAACGUGCAACUUAUUGAAAAAACUUGAGAAGCCUAUUCAUACCACUGAGUUGAGUCAGUUGACUGACCUUGCUGCCAAGUAUUAUGGCAAAGAAUCUUAAUUAAUCCAAUUAGCCAAUUUUGAUUUGGUAGCAUCAAGCAUGAAAGCAGGGUGGGAGCAUUUUAUUUCAUACUUGAGUUCAUCUUUAUGGCACUUCAGAUAGGUGGAUCAACGUUAACCAAUUACUUUCAACUGGAUUUAUUCAACAAACAAUGCAAAUGAAUUAUAUAGCCCAUUAUCUUUUAAACAGCUGCUUAAUUGAUCUCUACUCUAAAUUCAAAUCUUCCUAUUCAGUUUCUGCUGGAAUGAUGCAACUUUUUCCAUGAACCAGACCCCAGCAUGAUUCAUUGAUGCUUAAGCAAAGAUUCUAACGGCUCAGCAGUUAUGAUGGACGCAAGCCGCAAUCCACAAGGUGCCAUGGCUGUCGUUAUAUCGUUGAUCCAAGGGAAGAGACUUUAACGACAUCAGCACGAUGGUAUUAACAAGGAAAGCAAAUACAAGCAUAAUUUAAAGGCCAUGUUUAAGCUAACGGCGGGGAGCCAAGCCUAAACAUACCCAAACCUUAAUAUUUUACACGAACGUUAAUCUAUUCUCUCUUCAUCGUAUGAUUCACACUUUUAAAUUAUAAUAUGUAGUCUGCAACAUUAACACUUUUCAAUUCUUACAAUGAAAAUGACAUUGUUUUUCUGGGGGUUAGAGUAAAUUGGUCAAGCACAAUGUCCUAUGUCAUCUUUGGGUCUUAGUCGAAACAAGCAUUUUGCAAGCCAUAGACUACUUCUAACGCAACCAAUAUAGGAAACAGAAGUUUGAAAAGAAAACUGAAACAAGCAACCACAUUUAACAAGCAAUAUCUGGCAAUAAACUCACCACAAAAAUCUGUCAUAUAGCAAAGAAAGUGCCUCAACUAAUAUUAAUCCUGACUUAAUAAACAGACAAAAGCCCAUUCCAAAAUAACAACUUGCAAAAUAUUGAUGACAAGAAUAG